CGGGACGGGCCGAGGUGGGAGAAUACAGCUGUUCUGCAGGGCUGGAGCCUCAGAGGGAAACUCAAGAGAGGCGUGAGAGAGAGAGAGAGAGGGGGAGAGAGAGACAGAGAGAGAGAGACAGUAAGGGGUGUGUCAUUGCCAUUUAGUUCCUCAAGGAAGUGCAACUCAACGUUAUCUUAAGACAGAGUGGCAGCACCGACAGAAGCGCUGCAGGAGGAGGACACUUUUUUUCUUUUAGAAUUCUUUUUGAAUCUGCUUGUGGUGAAGAUGAAGCGAUCCAAUUAAAUCUAACUGGCCUUCGCUGUCAACCUGAGACUGAGAGAGAGAGAUUUGACAGAGCAGGAGGGAGAGGGCCUCAGCAACACAGGCAACCAUGGACGCCUUCAGCUCCAAGGACAUGGCCUUGAGGGCGCAGAAGAAGAUCCUCAGCUCCAUGGCCACCAAAAGCUCCGUCCAGAUGUUCAUCGACGACACCACCAGCGAGAUCCUGGACGAACUGUACCGCGUCUCCAAGGAGUAUUCGGGUAACAAGUCGGAGGCCCAGAAGGUGAUCAAAGACCUGAUCAAGAUCGCCGUGAAGAUCGGCUUGCUGUUCAGGAAUAACCGUUUCAGCACGGCGGAGCUGGGGGUGGCCACGGAUUUUAAGAAGAAGCUGCACCAGGGGGCCAUGACGGCCAUCAGCUUCUACGAGGUGGACUUUACAUUUGACCAAGCCGUGAUGGAGGAGCUCCUCACCAGCUGCAGGGAUCUGCUGCUGAAGCUGGUCAACACGCACCUCACCCCCAAGUCCCACGGCCGCAUCAACCACGUCUUCAACCAUUACUCGAACCCGGAGCUCCUGACCAAGCUGUACGAACCCGGCGGCGCCUUCAGACCCAACCUCACCAAGAUCUGCAAAGGACUCAACAAACUGGUGGAGGACGGGACAAUAUGACCCAUGGACUCUUUUUGUGAAGUCACACCGGGAGGUCAACGGGGGCAAACGCAGCAGAGGCCGUUGGACAGAUUGAGUCUUUGCACUGCUGAGGACUUGCGACGCAAGACAAGAGAUUUAAGAACAAAACCGCUGCCGCCGUGUUCUUAAAGAACACGUGGGAUACAAAUACAGCUGGUUGACUUUUUCUUUACGUUUAUAGGAGAUUAAUAGUGUAUAGUUGUAAUGUGUACUUGUCUUUUCAGACCAAGUUCACUGAAACAAAAAGACAAAACUUGAAUUUAAACCGGUUCAUUCUAUAUCAGUCUUUUUGUUGGAUUAUGAAAAGCCAUCUGAUGUAAAUUCGUGAGACCGUGAAAUGUUUCAUUGUGAACUACUGAUGUUGUGUAUCCAGAUGAGGAGGAGGAGUUCAAACUGAUUGCAUAAAGAGGAGAGCCGGGGGCCGAUGCCACUGUAAUACUGCACUGCCUUCUGGUGGUGAAGACGAUGGCCGACAUACUGGACGUGUGUAUCCGGGCGGCAGGAAGACAAUGCAGCCGAGAAUAAAGCAAAUGACCCACAAAGCAGACAAUUGCACACCAACACUGUGUGUCUCUGCUUCACAACACAAUCGGAAGCAUGAACAAAAACGCUCUACUCUUAAAAUGGUGUUGACUGAACGGAGCUUGUAUGUUAAUCUGAUCAUUUGUGUCAUUCCCGAGGUCGGAUCCCAGACAAUGGAGAUUAAGACCGCCGUUCUUCUUUGGUUUUACAUUAAACAAAAAAAUAAAAUUCACAGACAAAAGAAAAAAAUCGGGCCUUAACUGGACUCUACUUAUACUAACCAAAUAUAAUCCGGCGUUUAUUUGCUUCUUUAUUUUCUAAAGCAAGAGUGACCCCCUUGAAAAAAGAGCAAUGGGCUUCAUCCUCCCAGCUUCACUCAAAAUUAUCGCCAAAAAGUCCAAAAGGAUCAAAAGGAGGUUUCCACCUCGCCGCCUCAGGCCGCCUCCCCGUUUCCUGUCGCCAGAACCCCCAAUUACAGCCCCCCCGUCUUGACCCUAGCACCCCGAUUCUUUUAUUGUGAUCAAAUUUUUUAUUAAUUUUCAAAAUAUGCAUUACACAUCAACUAUCCAUUACAAUGAAUAUACACACAUACAUACAAAUAAACAGACCUACAUACAUCUAAACAUACACACAUACAAACGUAUAAGAUAAAUAUUAAUACAACCCCCCACCCCUAUUAUAUGUCUCCAUACUGUGGUAGAGGAUAUAAUUAACUAUAUCAACUCUUGAAUUCUAUUGAAGAUUCUAGUCCAUGAAGAGAGGUUUUUAACUUUAGCUCCUUGCAUUCUGGCUACUUAGAGUUCCAGGUUUACAACACGGAGAGAACGGCCAACCACUUGAUUUUGUAAGAGUAUGUGGAACGACGGGGCAUUUAGGAGCAGUCACAUCCGAGUGAAAGGAACUGCGUAUUUCAGAACACUUCUCAGAUUGGCACCUGGCAUUUUCCAAAAGAAGACUUACAUCUUUAUAAAACCAAUGGUUUGAAUAGUGUCAAAAGGUUAUUUGGCCAGGAUGUCUGCCACUGAUCAACAACAGUCACAGACAGCUUUGUGGUUGUUCUGUGGGGACUCCAGUUUCCCACACUUUAAAUUAUAAAAUACAGAU